AAGAUUUGGAGCAAAAAGCAAAAAGCAAAGGGAAUUCAGUCAGUCGUUCAAUUAACACCCGCGGAAAUUCCUUCCAGAUGCAGACACAACAUCCAGCUGUCACCGAGAGCGUGUAGGCGUUUUCGGUUGCUCCUUCUCGACCCUUCUCGGCCUCCGUAGACUGAACUGCUCUCUCCUGUUGUGUCAACAUCAGCCAGGCUCAGUCAAAGCAGGUUUCGCAGCGAAAGGAGCCCUCUCGUGUCCGUAGGUUAUGUAACGGUGGAACUCUAAGGCAGGGAACCUUGUUCCUGAGCUGAACGUCGGUUCUGCACCAUGGAAUAUCUCCUCGAGGUGAAAGUAGGCGCUCUGCUCGGUCUCUUGUUCUUAACCCUGAUCUUUGGUUUCAUCCCUGCUCGAGUCCGAUGGUUCAGACGCACGAACGGCUCAGAAAUCCAUCGCACGGUUCUGAGUCUGAUCAGCUGUUUUGCUGGUGGAGUUUUCCUGGCAGCGUGUUUCCUGGACAUUAUUCCAGAUUACCUGUCAGACAUCAACGCAGAGCUUAAUGCUCGGAAGGUCAAGACUGACUUCCCACUUCCUGAGUUUAUUAUGGCUGCUGGCUUCUUCAUAGUCCUCAUUCUGGAGAAGAGUGUCCUGAACUGCAGGGAGAUAAGUGGGGCACCAGACGAGAGGGCACCCCUCAUACCGGAGAGCCAGAGUGGGCACAGGCACAGCCACGGAGCCCACCCAGACCUGGAGGCCAGUGGCCACCACGUCCACGUCGACUUCCAGGCCCACUCCUCCUUUCGCUCCUUCAUGCUCUUCCUCUCUCUGUCACUCCAUUCGGUUUUUGAGGGUCUUGCUAUCGGUCUCCAGAACUCAAACUCCAAGGUGUUGGAGAUCUGCAUCGCCAUCCUGGUCCACAAGAGCAUUAUAGUGUUCAGCCUGUCGGUGAAGCUGGUGCAGAGCAGCGUUCCCCCGUUGUGGCUGGCCGCCUACAUUGCCGUGUUUGCCCUCAUGUCGCCCAUCGGCAUCGCCAUCGGCAUCGGGGUGAUGGAGGCUCAGCUUGGAGCCGGGGUGCUGAUCCAGGCCGUCCUGGAGGGGCUCGCCGCCGGGACCUUUGUUUACAUCACCUUCCUGGAGAUCUUGCCGCAUGAACUCAACUCUCCUGGGAAGCAGCUUCUCAAGGUGUUCUUCAUCCUGCUGGGCUUCGCCAUCAUGGCCGCCCUGACGUUUCUGGGCUGACGCGGGUCGGAGCGGUCUGUCCGGACGCUUGGUGCCACCCGCUGCAGAUUUGUGGGUCUUUACAGAGACAUAAACUGUCUCCAUUGGAAAGUAGCGGCACAGUUCCAGCCAGCAGUGGAGGUUUUAACGUCAAAGGGAACAGUUCCUAAGAUUUUAAAAUGAACUUUUUAAAAUGAUAGGAGCAUGGUUGAUUCAUGCAUGUGUUGCUUCUCUUUAAUGGAUUUUAUACAAUUCUGAACCACUGAUGAACAACUGUAAAGUGGCAAAACCCUGAAUCCCUUCAUGUGUCACUGCCCUUGUUCUGAAAAAAGGCUUGACCCUAAAACAAAACCAGAACUGGAGUCUGUCAGUGAACACUUAGUAGGACCAUGAGCUCGUCAUGGUUGAAUCACUUUGUGCCUCCGUGUUUACAUUUCAUUUGAACGUGUUGUUGAAAACCUUUGGUUUAUUUACAGGUUUACAGCAGACUUUAGAUGUGUGGCAUUUGUAAGUUGUUAUUACUGUUAUCAGAUGCUUUUAGUUUCCAUUACAAACUGGAUUCUGCCCCCACAUCUGUACAUUAUAGUAGUUAAUCUAACCAAGUACCUGGUGCCAAAACAAAAAUACAGCAGAUUAGUGGAAAAUAUGUAAGGUUUCCUUUUUUAAUGGUUUGCACUUUUCAAUAAAGAUUUAGAAUCA